AUGAACAUCACCAACUACCACUUCGACGCCAUAUUGGAGGUCCUCACCAACGCAGCCAGGGAAAUGAAAAUAGAUGUUGAUACUAUAGACGAUAUGACGCAGGAGUUCAAGUCCUCGAGAAGAAAUAGUCAGGUCGUGAAUGGUAUACGAUCGGACGUGACCAUUGGUUGCACAGUCAGAAUGGAGGCAGCAAAAAAGAAGAACGAAACCGACGGUUUGGAUCAGCUGUUCAUGAAGUUGGGCGGACACGAGGGAAUCUCCCACUUCAUCAGCCACUUGUAUGAGUUUGUCGAAAGAGACAACAGGAUCAACAUGUUUUUCGAGGGGUCCAAGUUGGAGCUCAUCAAGAAGGCCCAGGCAGCCUACAUCAGCAUGCUUCUUGGAGGAUCGUCGGAAUACAACGGCCGGAGUCUCGAGGAGAUACACCAGACUCUGGCCAUGACCGAUUUCCAUCUGGACUGUUUCCUUCAGUGUGUCCAGAAGUCCCUCAAAGACUGUGGCGCUACAGAUGAUACCACGGAUGAAGUUGUGGUGCGGCUGGAGUCCGUUAGAGCGGCGAUCUUGCAUGCUCAUUAUUCUGACGUACAGUUUGCAUGA